AUGCCAAAACGCAAGCUCUCCGAGGUCACCACCGGCGACGCCCCCGCGCAUCCCCAGAAGCCGAAACUCACCGAGCAAGAAUACCAGCACCUGAAACUCCAAACCACGCGACUAAAGCAGAAAUUCGAGUUCGGGGUCACGUCGCUAUCGCGCGCCCUCAAGGCAGCUCGGGGCUUCGAGAGACAGAAACUAGGACGACGACAGAAGACAGCCAAGGGCGGGCCGGACGCGGAGAAUGCGAUUGCGCAUGCGAAGGGGAAGGCGAAGGGCAAGGGCAACGUUAGUCCCGAGGAGACGGCGAGACGGAUCGAGGGGGAGAUUCAGGUGUUGAAGACGCUUGACCCCGUGAAUACGGCGGAAAAAUACCUCUUCAAGCAGCUUGCGAAGACGAAACGGAUUGCCGAGUCGCCUGUUUUCUACAGAUUCAAACAGUCCAAGGAGAAGAAGAUCAAACUUGAGGGGCGGAAGAGUACAGAGGAAGCAAAUGUUACGGCGAGAUUGUUCAAGUCGAAUCCGGUGCAGAAUGUUCUCCCGGGGAUUAUGGAGGGGUUGAGGGGAUUGUUUGGGCUCGAGGGCGCCGCGGCGCCCAAAGGCAAGAAAGGGGACAAGGGGAAGAAAGAAGGGGGUGGUUCUGGGAAGGGAAAGACGAGCGGGAAGCCCGAGAUCCAGAGCGUCGACGACAUAUCUGGCGAUGAGUCCGAUUCUGGCUCUGAAGGCGGCGUACCGGUUGCGCGAGGACAAUCAGACGUGGACGUGGACAUGGAGGACGCAGAGAGCGGAGAGGAAGAUGAAGACUACUCCCACUUCGACGGCCGACUAGCCUCCGACUCAGAAAACGACAAUGACGACGACGAUGACCUCUCAGACGACGACUUAGCAAAACUCCCCCGCCGCUCCUCAAUGUCCAUAUCCCUCUCCCCAUCACGCUCCCCCUCCCCGCCACCCAAAAAAGCCAAAUCAACCCCCUCCUCCAAAACCCCCGCCACAAGCACAACCUUCCUCCCCUCGCUAAUGAUGGGCGGGUACUGGUCCGGCUCGGAGUCCGAAGCCGAGGAUCUCGAGGAAGCGCCGAAGCGCAAGAACCGCAUGGGCCAGCAGGCGCGCCGCGCGCUAUGGGAGAAGAAGUACGGUGCGGGCGCGAACCACGUCAAGCAGGAGACGCAGAAGGGUAAGGGCAAGAAUGGCAAGGGUAGAGAUAGCGGGUGGGAUUUGCGGAAGGGGGCGACGGGCGAUAGGGAUAGUGGGAGGAGGAAGUGGGGUACUGGCUCGAAUGCUAUGGCUAUGAGUGGGAAGGAUAGGUUUGGGACUGCGGGUGGUAAGGAGAGUGCGAAGCCUAAGAAGCCGCAGGAUGAUAAGCCGCUGCAUCCUUCUUGGGAGGCUGCUAGGAAGGCGAAGGAGCAGAAGGCUACUGCGGCGUUCUCGGGGAAGAAGGUUGUGUUCGAUUAG